AUGGAGCUGGCAAAUACUUUAAAACAAGACGGCGAGUCUCGCGGAGGUGUUUUAGCUCACUUGGAAAGACUAGAGACUCAAGUGAGCAAAUUCCAUAAAAAAUUGGAAGAGCCACAGGAUGCACAGGCUCUUGAAGCCAGGAUUCAUGAACUGGAACGUCUGCGAGAUAACCUGAGGGCUGAAGUGAAACAGCGUCAAGCCAGAGUUAAAGCAUCUACUGCCAAUGUCGAACCUGACCAAACAUUAGAGAUUAGUGAGCAAGAAAUUUUGGAGAGAAAACAGGAAAACGUGAAAGCCAUUCUGCAGGCAUAUCGUUUUACAGGGAUCAGCGGGAAGCUGACCAGCCGAGGAGUCUGUGUCUGCAUCAGCACUGCUUUUGAGGGGAACCUGCUGGAUUCCUACUUUGUGGACCUUGUCAUGGAGAAACCACUUUGGAUACAUCACCAUUCGGUUCCAGUCUUCAUUCCCCUAGAAGAGAUAUCUGCAAAAUACCUACAGACUAAUACUCAGCGCUUCCUGUUUGUUCUCUGCGAAUACCUAAAUGCUUACUCGGGGAGGAAGUACCAGGCAGAUCGACUUCAGAGUGACUUUGCAGCCUUCCUUGUGGGGCCCUUGCAGAGGAAUUCAUUGUGCAACUUGCUGUCAUUUACUUACAAAGUGAAGCUGGAAGGUCAGUCCUUCCCCUUUUGUGCUAGACUGCUGUAUAAGGACCUCACAACAACCCUUCCAACUGACGUCACUGUUACUUCUCAAGGGAUGGAAGCAUUACCCAGUACGUGGGAAGAACAGCGAGCAGACCAUGAAAACCUAUUUUUUACGAAGCCCCUACAUCAGGUGUUUACAUCAUUUGCAAGAAAAGGAGAAAAGCUAGAUAUAAGCCCGCUCUCCUAG